AUGUGGAAGGAUGAAAUGACGAUCCUGCCCCUCAUUGCCAUUUGCCGCGUCCGCCCGUAUAACCUGUGCGCAGAACGGGGAACACACACACACACACCACGCUUCCACAGCUCCCUUUCCUCCUGCCAAUGGACACCGCCGCCCUCCUCCCACGAGCACCCCUCCCCUCCUCGCCUCCUCCCACCGCCUCCACCCCCUCCGUCGUCGCCGUCUCCGGUCGCCACCGCCCUCCUCCCGCGACCACGACCACCCUCCUCCUCCGUUCGAGCGCAGCCACCGCCUCCGACGUCACCGGAGCACGCCAUGGCCGUCCCCUGCCUCCGACGUACCACCACGGGCCACUCCUCGCUCCCCGCACCCCCGUCCUCCUUGGUGGUGGGAAGGAACCCGCGGUCGCUGCCGAUCGAGCUGGCCAAGAGCAAAGCGCCUGGAUCCUCCUCCUCCUGCAGGGGGAUGGAGAGCAGACCUCGCAGAGAUGAGGAGGAGGAGGAACAGGAGGAGGAGAUCUCUUACUGGAAGAUGAUGGUGGGCAUGUAUAAGGACUUCCGCCGGCGGGCGCCACUCCGACGUGCCGCGAGAGCCGCGCCAAGGAGGCUCCCGGCCGCUCGAAUAUCUGCUCCCCAGCACACCAGCCACCGCGGCAAUGCGGGCGACAAAGGCAUGGUCGCCCCGCCCAAGCGCCCCCCAUCGGCACGGACCCCCUCCUUCUCGAGGAGGAAGGAGAGCCAGAGAGGACUCGGCACUGGAAACAAAUUCCAGCCACUGGCCUGCAUGACCGAGGAGAUGGUGGACCUCGUUCUAUCUCCACAUCCUAAGGAGCUCGCCGUCCGCGAGAGAAUAGAGAGGGGCAAGGGGGGCGAGGCGUUCUCGGUCGAGGCCAGCGAGGACUACAAUGGCUCGGCUUCCGACAGGUCGGAUGAGGACGCCUGUUCGAGCGUUGGAACCAUCCUCAUUGGUGAAAUUGAAGUGAAGUUCAACCUCGACCAGUACAAGUGGCCCGAGCUCGAGAGCACGCAGGGCAAGGCCAAUGAGGCGCCCCUCCCGGUGCUAGCCACGAGCCAUGACAAGGAGUCCAUGGCGUCGCCGCUCCCGGCUCUCGACACCGGCAAGGAGGCCAAGCACAUGGUGGCGCCGCUCCCGGCUCUCGACACCGGCAAGGAGGCCAAGCACAUUGCGGCGCCGCUCCCGGCUCUCGACAGCAGCAAGGAGGUCAAGCACAUUGCGGCGCCGCUCCCGGCUCUCGACAGCAGCAAGGAGGUCAAGCACAUGGCGGCGCCGCUCCCGGCUCUCGACAGCAGCAAGGAGGUCAAGCACAUGGCGGCGCCGCUCCCGGCGCUCGACGAGGCCACGCCCGUGGCGCAGCCGCUACGGGUGGUCGACACCGACCACCGCCAGGAGGCCACGCCCGUGGCGGCGAUGCUCAAGGCAUACGCCAUGACUCAAGUGGGGCAGAGCACUGCUGCUGGGGAACCAGCGCGGAACCCACUGGCUGUGGACAUUGGCCCUGUCCCCGCAGCCGGUGGGGGUGGUGGCCUUGGUCGGGGCGGCGGCGGGGGUGGCCCGGGAGGUGGAGGGGCUCCGGGAGGAGGCGGUGGCGGCGGAGGUGGGCCGGGAGGAGGAUUAGGCGGUGGCGGUGGAGGUGGACCGGGAGGAGGAGGCGGCGACGGAGGAGGUGGACCGGGCGGCGGCGGAGAUGGUCAUGGCAACGUUCCUGGCUUGCGAGUCUUGCCGAACGAGCUUCCCCAUGCUCUAUGCCACUGUCGAGACCCUGCAACGAGGUACUGCCGCGGUUGCCAUCAAAUCUACUGCCCCUUUUGCUUCUGCAAUUGCAAUGCGGUGAACUACUUCUUGCCGCUGCCCUCGUUGGUGGGUGGCAGCUGCGUCCUGAACCAGCCAGUGACUCUGACGGACGCUUUGUAUCCGAUGGUGUUCGUGGGUGGUGUCCGCCAAGAGCCAUGGCUAUACUGGCAGUUUGCUACAGCAGAUGAUAUCUUCCAAGUGGAAGAUGUACAACCCACCAUCGACCUUCUCGUGUAUGGUUUCAGAAUGCAGCGUCAGUGGGUUGUGCAGAUGCCGCAACCCGUGCAUGUGGAUGUACUGCGGGCAGCUGUUUUUCCUGCUCACUACCCGUAG